GCCAGCGACGCACGUUGCUUCAGUAGCUGAAUAAGAUCAAAGCUGUGAGAGCAGCCACAUUUCUGCAUAUUCAUGGCAAAUGGGUGUAAAGAUGUGCUUUUUGCUCGUGGAGCUGGACAAGUAAGUUAUCAUUUAUGUAGUUACUCAGUCAGGACAUAGCUAGCUAAGUGCGUAGAUUGGUUUGCUAGUAGUUUGCUGACUCGCUAGAUACCAACUAGCUAACAUUAGCUAGUUAAUAGCUAGCUAACGUUAGCUAUUGGGUAUAAACCUGGCACAAGAGCAGUGUUGGGGAGUAUUGAACUAGAUACAUGUAGUUCAACUUGUAAUUUAAUUACAUUUUGCAUUAGCUUGGUGGUAGUUUAACUAAAUUCAAAUUUUGGUACAGUAGUGUUUUCAGUAGUUUAAUAACUUUUUUGGUAUAAUGUUUCACAAAGUAGUUUGGAUGUAGUGAACUACUUUUUCAAAUUAACUCUAGUUAGCUAAGUAAACUAUUUUUUAAAGGGGAGCUUUAGUGUAGCUUAACUUAUUCCCGUUUUAAGUAAUUGGCAUCUUGGUACUUCCUUCACUGUGGAGUUUAAGCUAGUAUCUUGGUAAACUAUAUUUUCAGAGUAGCCUCCCCAACACUGCACCAGAGUUUCAGUAACGGGUUAGUUAUGGUCCUGUAUGGCUCAGUUGGUAGACCAUGUGGGUUUGAUUCCCGGGACCACCCAUAUGUAAAAUGUAUGCACGCAUGACUAAAUAGCAUACAUUAUAGUUGUCAUUGUUGUUAGUGGUAACAAGUCAGUUUGCCAGCAGAUAUGCCAGCAUCAGUCACUCAAGUCUGAUAAGGAAUUCCCAAAAUAGUUUCAAUUAGAUAUCUGGCUAGCGGGGAUCUAGGAAAGUGACUAACAUUGGAUCAAAAAUGAUCAACUGGCCAUGUUGUAUGACUAGCUGCUAGUUAGCCUGGCCAGGUGGUUAUCUAGCUAUGAGACAUUGAUUAUGUAUGUGUUAAAUUUAAAAUUAAAAUUAAAUUAUGUUCUCCCCUCGGGUGUAGCUCGUCUGAGGAGGAGAAGUAAAUGCCUGUGCACACAAAGUAAACUAGAUGGAUGGGGAAGAAAUGUGGGGUGUAACUAACUAAAAUAACCAGACACAACAACCACAACUCAAUAUUAGCCCUCGGGGACGUUUAGUAAGGUACUAAACAACAUAAUAUACAACACCCAUUUAACAGUAAUAAAACAAAGACCAAUCAAACAAACCAGGGAAGGUAAGAGAAGGGAAUGUUUGGGAACGGGGUCCAAGUAAUGAAAAUAAACAAAAGGUCCCUCUUCUACACACCUAAUCCUUCCUAACACACUCUAAGCCUUAACCCGCUUUCUUACCUGUUACCACAAAUACAGGGGUGACACCCGCCCGGCUAACCUAGUGUGUAAAACAGUGGAUUAUCUACGUGUGAAUGUACACCCAUGGGCAGAACUACCUUUCCCUUCUCCAGGACCCAGGUAGGGUGGAGUACAUCAGGAGGACAGGCUGGAACACAAAGAUAAAUCCCAAUAACCAAAUCCUCAGACAAAAAGUGCCCCCUCUCUCCCUUGCGCUCACACGGCAAACAGUUUAUAUACUCUAGUCAAUCAGUCACUCAACCACAGCUGCCAGGACUCCGGACCGACGCCACGCCCACCAUCGUCAGCCGCAACUCAGCACACCUGUAAUAACCAGAACACACAAACAGAACAACCACUCUGAACCACACACACACACUACAAACGAAGAUUGGGAGAAAGAAAAUAAUGUCACACGUAACACGCCCCCCCCCCACCCCCCAAAAAAAAAAAAGAGUAAACCCCUGGGUUUAUGAUAAGAACAUGAUAUAUAUAUAUAUAUAUAUUUUUUUUUAUAAUACCAAGUACUUACUUCCAACUCAUAGUUGUCAAACCCCUGUUCUAUUAUUUUAUUUUUUUCUCUGAACUAGGCACGUGACAGAGCAUCCGCAACCACAUUUUCUGCACCCUUUAUAUCAUGAAUUUCUAAAUUAUAACCAACGCCCAACGCAUAAGACGUUGGUUGUGGUUGUACAUGCGGCUCAAAAAAAUGUAAGGGUUGUGGUCUGUAUACACCUCAACAGGCAACACACUGGAGCCAACAAACCUCAAAAGAAUUGUAAGGCAAACAACAGCGCCAGAGUCUCCUGUUCGAUAGUGGAAUAACGUGACUGACAGAUGUUGAAUUUGCGAGAGAAGUAACAAACUGGGUGAUCUAGACCAUCGUGUUCCUGUAAUAGUACAGCACCUGCACCCACUGAACUGGCAUCCACCUCCAACUUAAAUGGUUUCUUGAAAUCAGGGGCAGAAAGAACAGGAGAAAUACACAAUAGUGCUUUUACAGAGUCAAAGGCAGAUUGACACUCAGCGGUCCACUCAAAGGACACUGAAGAACUGAGUAACCUAGUCAUUGGGGCUACAACAGUUGAGAAAUUCCUACAAAAUGUACGAUAAUAACCCGUCAUGCCUAAGAAUCUGCUCAAUUCCCAUCGAGUGGCAGGGGCAGGAAACCCGGGUGAUAGCGAAAUACAUAAACGAGCCAACUGCUCAGGAGUAUUUUGCAUCACCAAACCGUCCUCAUCAUUUACGCUGACUCCUGGGUGGGUAACCAUGCUCACAGAAGCAACAGAGGAUACAACAGGAUUUUUACUGGUGAUGGGGGAUUCGAUACCAACUCUAAAAUGAUAGGCUUUAAUCAUGUUAAUGUGACAUACCCGAAAUGGGCGUCUACGGUCUGGCGUUUUGAUAACAUAAUCAGUAUCACUGAGUUUUCGCUCCACCACAUAUGGGCCAGAGAAACUGGAAUAGAGACACGAGCCAGGUACCGGCAACUACACCAAGACUUGGUCACCUGGUUGAAAAGAACGAGACACAGUUUUUACAUCAAAGUGACGUUUCAUUUUCUUUUGUGUGGAAGACAGAUUUUCUCUGGCUACAGCACAUGCAUCAUGCAACCGCUCCCGGACUUGAUUAACAUAGUCUAGUACAUUACCAUAAUUUGUUAUUUCAGUACCUUUUAGAGGCCCUCUCACUGUGUGACCAAAGAUUAGCUCAGCUGGGCUAAACCCAAGAGACUCUUGUACGGUCUCCCGAAUAGCAAACAGCACGUACGGCACCCCCUCAUCCCAAUCUUUUUCUGUGUCCAUACAGUAUUUACGCCACUUGGCUUUCAGCGUCUGAUGCCAACGUUCCAGCGCACCCUGACUCUCCGGGUGGUAAGCGCUAGACAUCUGAUGGGACACUGACAAGGACUUCAACACACUUCCAAACAAUCUCGAUAUAAAAUUAGUGCCUUGAUCCGUCUGUACGAUUUUUGGAAAUCCAAAGGUAGAAAAAUACUUAAUCAGCGCCUUCACAAUUGCUUUACUGGUGAUGUUUACGCAUAGGAAUCGCCUCUGGGUACCAUGUCGCAGUGCACAUUAUCGUUAACAAGAAUGGAUUACCCGACAUAGUCCUGGGUAAUGGACCAACACAAUCGAUUUAUUACUUUCUCAAACAGCUCUCCCAUGACCGGAAUCCGGCAGAGAGGAGCCGGGGAAAUUACCUGGUUAGGCUUCCCCACCACUUGGCACGUACUACAUGUACGGCAAUAACGAGCCACAUCCUGUUUCAUUCCCGGCCAGAAGAAAUGAUGGAGUAUUCGAUCGUAGGUUUUAGUCACCCCUAGAUGACCAGACCAGGGAUUAUCAUGAGCUAGGGACAACACCUUCGUCUGAAACGUAACAGUAUGAAAUAUAGAGCAGUGCCAAUGCAUCACGACUAGCUAGAUGGAAUCUUAGGUAACUGACGUUAGCUGUCUUGCUAGUAGCUAAGUAGAAAGCAUUUGCUAUGUAAAAGUUACUCAGAUGGUGGAUUGCUCUUAAACUAAUAUUCUUAUUUUCCCAGAGUGACGAUUCUGACAUUUGGGAUGACACUGCACUGAUAAAGGCCUACGACAAAGCAGUUGCAUCAUUUAAGGUGCCUUUACAGUGUUAUAACUUUGUUUGCCAACUCAUUGACAGUAUUCUGCAAAUAAAGCAUGUCUUAUUUGCCUCUUUGUUCAUAUGGAUUUAUACUUAGGUUGAGAACCACUAGCUGUACAUGCGUCGUAGUAGACAUGUCUCCUAAAGCAGCAACUCAGAAAAGUAUCCUUGAAAAUGUUCUAUUAUCCCUCUGUCAUGCUCACAUUUUUAAAUAAUUUUUUUAACAAUUGAUCCUGACUGUCAGACUGCCCUGAAAGGUGAGGAGGACACACAAAGCUCAGAGAGAGACAACCCUGGAAAGAAACGAAAAAACAACAAAAACAACCGCAGCAGAAAGAGAAGUAAUGCUCCUCCCGAUAAAGAGGUAGGCGGUACAUUCCAAGAACACAACAACCCAUUCAAAAUAACCUCAGUUAAUGUUCAUUAAUGCAUCUAGCCUAACAGAUAGACAACAUUUGUUGUGUUGCAGUGGAGAGUCGGAGACCCCUGCUGUGCCUACUGGUCUGAAGAUGGCAAUUUGUACACUGCCACGAUCUCCUCCAUAGAUGGGCAGAGGGGCACCUGUAUAGUUGUCUUCACAGACUAUGGCAACGAGGAGGAGCAGAACCUCCAAGACCUUCUGAUGGAGAGCUCAGAGGUAGAUGAGGAAGCCCCCAAUAAGGUACGAUUAGGCUGUUUGUGAGGAUGAUCGCUGCAUUCACCAUACUGUUUUACUGCACGUGAAGAACUAGAUCAGGCUGGUUCCACCAGGCUAGUGGACCAUCAUUUUGUAUUCAGACCCUUGAACACAUCUGGCUGGGAACAUUUAAUCAGUGUUCCUAUUUCUCUUUCUGGAAUGCAGGUUAAAGAAGCAGAGUCUUCUACAGAGGAGAGCGAUAGGUCGUCCGCCCCACACCCUCACAGUCACGUGCCACGCUCUAAACCCAAAUUCAAAUCCCCCAAAGGACCUCCCAUGUCAGGUCCAGGCUUUCCUGGCUUUCCCCCAGGCCCCCCUCCCAUGCCUGGUUUCAGAAUGGUAAGCAUAUCCGAAUUGUAGGUUGUCAGUCACUAUUCGACCAUGCAUUUAUUUAUUUUUAUUUUUUAACAUGUGGUUGUCUUACCUAGCUACCAGUUGAAUGCUAAAUGACCUAAAUGUAAAUGUAAGAAUGCAUUACUCCAAGGUAAGAAAAGGACUAACAAAUGAUGGAAUUUAGGUGAAUUUUGUUUUAAUUUGGAAGUUGCUAAAGAUGCCGAGCUGGGAAUUGAAAUAUAAAACCCCUGUAGGUGAGGAUGGAAUGAAUCCUUUGACAAUGGAGUGUGCUGCACAUUGAAGCUGUUGUUCUGUCUACAGGGAGACUCAAGGCGACCUGGGGCCUCCAGGCCCGCCCCUCCAGGAUGGCCUCCUAUGAUGCCCUUUGGGCCACCGGUAUGAUGGAGUGCAGUAAUAUUUUCUCUGGUGCCGAGCUGUGUUACCGUGGUAACAGUCCACGGCAUAAGUCACAUAUACAACUCUACACCGGAGACCAGAGUUCAAUCCCUGCGUCCACCUUUCCCACAGUUUCUCCACUUGCCCGUCUCCCACUCGGAUCUUUCUUACUGUCUGAAUAAAAACAAACAAAAUAUAUAUUUUUUAAAAGUAUCUCAAAUGUUUAGUGUUGCCGAUAGCGAGCACACAUCAUAUGGAGCUGAUUGAGCAGUGUUUCUCUAGUACAUUUAUUUGCAACGUUACGAAAGAUUCCCCCGUCUGAACGUGCUGUUUUUUCUCUGUCAGAUGAUCCCUCCCCCCAUGAGUCCAGACAGAGAGGAUGAUGAAUCCUUGGGCAGUAUGCUGCUCGCCUGGUACAUGAGUGGGUACCACACUGGAUACUACAUGGUACAGUUACAUCCCCUUCACAUCAUGUCUUGCAUACUGUAGAUGAGAUAGGAAUAGCUUAUUACUAAUGUAAUAAUCCUCUAUCUAAUACACAUUGCGGCUUCUAUGUGGAUACAUUAGGUUGUGUACACGUUCAGACAAUCUGGGUCGUGAUUGGAUCACGUGUGAUGAUUGAUCGGACAUUAAUUUUUGACUUCAAUACCAGGAGUAAACAGGUUUUUCAAUGCAAAAGGAGCUGUCUAAAUUGUUUGUCUCUUAUAGGGUUUGAAACAAGGCCGCAACGAAGCUGCUUCUGGAAGGAAGACUCACCACAAGUGAGAAAUGGGACUUCCGUUCUUACGAGGUAAAUAAACAAUUUGCUGUGCUUUGUCAUGUACUAAACUGAUUUACUACCUGCUAGGCUUGAAUUCCAUUGAAUUCUUCCUUGACUGACUUGCAUGAGCGUCAGAUGUUUAGAUACUACAGAGUAAAUUCUUCCUCUAUAAUUAUGUUGCCAUUUUAGGCAAACCGUCAAUUUACAUCUUUAAAACGUUUGUGUUCUGCUGUGCGUCCUAGGUGUGUGUCUCCAUCCCAGAUGAAGAGGAGGGGAGUGUUGUCAAGGAAAUGUAACGUGUGAAUGCAUUCCUGUUUCAAGCCUCCAAAGUGUUUCGGAGUUAUGUUUUGUAUUCUUUGUAAAUAAAACAAAUAAAGGCCAUCUUAGCU